AUGAAGCGGAAUCGCAUUCAUUUCGAGGGCAAUGGCGAUGCCUCGUCGGCCUCUCCGCAAGGCAGUUUCACUCCCGAGGAUCAAUCGCGGCAGUCGCAACAUGUCCCGAAGAUCUCACGGAGGAUACGUGCCUGCACGGAAUGUAAGCGACAUAAGGUCCGGUGUGAUAUGAAGGCAGGCGAGUCGAGCUGCUCGAGAUGUCGACGUAUGGGGCUGGAGUGUGUUGUCAACAAAAGCCUCCAGACAUUACUAGAGGAUGAAGCGGAGUGGAAAACCACGAUCGAGCUCGCAAUGACCGACCUGCUUAGGAAGGCGCAACUGCCGGAACUGUCAUAUUACCAAGCGGGUGGUGGAUCGACCGAGACACCUUCGAAGAAACGAAGUCGGAAAGAGUCAACCGUAUCGGUAGAUGAUGUGGGAUAUGCAUAUGGACACCACAAGGCUGCCUCAGCGGAUACACCUAUUCCUGGAACUACGGGUUCCAGCUCAUCUACCUAUACAUUCCCCCAACCGCAAACACAAUACUCGAUAGACCGCGAAGAGACCGCGGCUACUUCAUUAGUGACUGCGCCCAUGGGGAGCUUGUACGAAGUUACGCAGUUGAGUGAAAACCGCGAGAGCUCUUCUCCCACACAGCGAUAUCCAUCGGACCAGGCGCUGGUGACGGAUUUCAUUUCACGCGGCGUGGUGGAACUGCAAGAGGCAGAGGAGUUGUUCUAUCAUUUCGACCAAGUUCUGAAUCGCUAUCUUUGGGAUGGCGCACUUCUCCCACACAAAGAUCUGGCAUCUGUGAGGCGAUCCUCGUCCUUGAUGUCCGCAGCGAUCCUCGCUGUGACUGCACUCCAUAUGCCGACCAAAGAGCGCACGUUUGAUACCUGUUAUACGGAGUUUGCGAAAUUGGCAUCCGAAUCCAUGCUUGGAGACCAUCAUAGCUUGGACGAUGUGCGGGCAUUAUGUAUCGGUGCUUUCUGGCUUGCUGAUGUGAGCUGGAAGCUUUCCGGGUAUGCGGUCCGCAUUGCCACUGAGCGCAAUUUGCAUCAGUUCUAUCGGAAGGCCGUACAAGGCUCACCAGAGCACAAGGAACAAGCUCGGCUGUGGUAUCUCCUAUAUACCCUUGAACAUCACUUCUCUAUCGCAUAUGGUCGACCGCCCAUCAUCCACGAAGAUGCAUCCAUCACCCAACAUAACACUUUCACACAGACCCCAUCCAUCACUCAGGGUGACCUACGAUUGCACAGCCAGGUAGACUUGUUCAUAAUUCUUACUCGCAUAUAUUUCGCUUUCGGACCGGAUGUUGAUCUUGAGGUCGCCGAGAGCGACUUCCCCAAGAUCGACCAGUAUGACACGGAUUUGGGCCAUUGGAAAUCGGCAUGGCUUCCAAGGCUUGUCACAUCUAAAGCUGGGAGCCGUCACGUUGGCGCAUACCCCUACAAAGCCGUGUACAUGCACUAUAACUUUUCUCGACUACAGCUAUAUUCGGUUGCACUACGCACAUAUCAUUCCUCAACUUCUUCGCGAACCAUGUCGCCCGAACGACGGAAGCGGGCUAAUAUCGCGAUUGAGUCGGCCAUUGCCACUUUACAGGUUGUGCUGGACGAACGAGACAUCCAGAGAGCGCUAGUCGGCGUGCCUCUAUAUCUCCACAGCAUGAUCACUUUCGCGGCGGUAUUCCUAUUGAAGAUUGCUGCUAAGGCAUGCUCGAGCGGAGCGAACCAACAAAAUAACUCGAUUGCAUCGGCAGGUUUGCUGGUCGAUAUUGGAUAUGUGCGAAUUCUGGUUGGACGAAUUGUCGAAAUGAUGGUAUCCUGCAGCCAAAGAGCAAGCGAGCGCCAUCUAAGUCAUCACAUUGCUCGCGGUCUACGCAAGAUGCUGACGGGCCUGGAAGAAUGGGAGAAGCGAAAUGGCACCCAGCCCUCCAUGGGGUCCAACCAACAGGAAACAUCAUCUCUUUUCAAACCGGUUAUAAUUCCUGGAGCACAGAUCUUAGGAGAACGAGACACUAUCCUAAACCACCCGCCACCGCUGUUGGGUGUGGCGCCUUUGUCUGCCGAACGCAGCAACGGGUUCGAGCCGACGACAAUCGGCAAGCCUGAACCAGGACUUUCGGAGGGUUCAAUGGACCCCAUGAUGGCAGAUUUGUGGGGAUUCGAUGAGGAUUACUUCCCCACGGGGGUGUUUGAUUUCCUGCAAAGCCAGAUGCCUGCAUGA